GAAGUCUUCAUCCAGCGCAGUGGAGCAGUGCGGCUUUGGUGAAGGUCUUGUGUAGCUGGAGGCGUCCAGAGGAGCAGCAGAAGGUUCAGUUCCGUUCAGAAUGAACUAGGAGCUCGACGGAGAUGGACUGGGAGCUGGAGUAUUUGUAUGUGGAUCGAGCUCGGGUCUGGGUCCCGGACGCUGAGGAGGUGUGGAAAUCCGCAGAGCUGACAAAGGACUACAAAGUCGGCGAUGCCUCUCUGCAGCUCCAGCUGGAAGAUGGCACGAGUCUGGAGCACAAGUUGGAUCCUAAGACGAAGAACCUGCCUCACCUGCGGAACCCCGACAUCCUGGUCGGCGAGAAUGACCUCACUGCGCUCAGCUACCUCCACGAGCCGGCCGUGCUGCACAACCUCAAAGUCCGCUUCACCGACUCCAAACUCAUCUACACCUACUGCGGAAUCGUGCUGGUGGCCAUCAACCCGUAUGAGACGCUGCCCAUCUACGGCUCGGACAUCAUCAACGCCUACAGCGGGCAGAACAUGGGAGACAUGGACCCGCACAUCUUCGCGGUGGCAGAGGAGGCCUACAAGCAGAUGGCCAGGGACGAGAGGAACCAGUCUAUCAUUGUGAGUGGGGAGUCUGGCGCGGGGAAGACGGUCUCUGCCAAAUACGCCAUGAGAUACUUCGCCACAGUCAGCGGCUCCGCCAGCGAGGCCAACGUGGAGGAGAAGGUUCUGGCUUCCAACCCGAUCAUGGAGGCUAUUGGGAACGCAAAGACGACCCGCAAUGACAACAGCAGUCGCUUUGGCAAGUACAUCGAGAUCGGCUUUGACAACCGCUACCGCAUCAUCGGCGCCAACAUGAGAACGUAUCUGCUGGAAAAGUCCAGAGUGGUGUUUCAGGCAGAUGAUGAGAGGAAUUAUCACAUCUUCUAUCAACUGUGUGCAUCAGCGCAUCUGCCCGAGUUCAAGAAUCUGAGGCUGAGCAAGGCCAACGACUUCCUGUACACCAGGCAGGGUCGCAGCCCGGUGAUCGAUGGUGUGGACGACUCCAAGGAGCUCUGCACGACUCGCAACGCCUUCUCCCUGCUCGGGAUCAACGAGUCCUAUCAGAUGGGGCUGUUCCAGGUGCUGGCUGCCAUUCUUCAUCUGGGAAACGUGGAAAUAAAAGACAGGGAUUCCGACAGCAGCAUCAUCGCUCCCAACAACGCCCACCUGACGGCCUUCUGCGACCUGGUGGGCAUCACCUACCAGGACAUGUCCCACUGGCUGUGCCACAGGAAGCUGAAGACCGCCACCGAGACCUACGUCAAGACCCUGCCUCGUCUGCAGGCCACCAACGCUCGAGACGCGCUGUCCAAGCACAUCUACGCCAAACUCUUCAACUGGAUCGUGGAGCAUGUGAACAAAGCUCUGGUCACCAACGUGAAGCAGCACUCCUUCAUCGGGGUCCUGGACAUCUACGGCUUCGAGACCUUUGAAAUCAACAGCUUUGAGCAGUUCUGUAUCAACUACGCCAACGAGAAACUGCAGCAGCAGUUCAACAUGCACGUGUUCAAACUGGAGCAGGAGGAGUACAUGAGGGAGGAGAUCCCCUGGACGCUGAUCGACUUCUACGACAAUCAACCCUGCAUCAACCUUAUCGAAGCCAAGAUGGGGAUCCUGGACCUCCUGGAUGAGGAGUGCAAGAUGCCUCGAGGUUCCGAUGAUUCCUGGGCUCAGAAGUUGUACAACACCCACCUGAAGACGUGCUCGCUCUUCGAGAAGCCGCGCAUGUCGAACCGCGCCUUCAUCAUUCAACAUUUCGCUGAUAAGGUCGAAUACCAGUGUGACGGUUUCCUGGAGAAGAACAAGGACACGGUCAAUGAGGAACAGAUCAAUGUGUUGAAGGCCAGCAAGUUUGACCUGCUGGUGGAGCUGUUCCAGGACGAGGGGAAGGCGACCAGCCCCACAGGUCCGGUCCCAGGAACCGGCGGCAGAACGCGGCUGAGCGUCAAACCGAUGAAGAACCAGGACACCAGCAGCAAGGAGCACAAGAAGACUGUGGGCUGCCAGUUUCGUAACUCUCUACAAAUGCUGAUGGAGACCUUGAAUGCAACAACGCCACACUACGUCCGCUGCAUUAAACCCAAUGACUUUAAAAUGGCGUUCACGUUCGAUCCCAAGCGAGCGGUGCAGCAGCUCAGAGCCUGCGGCGUCCUGGAGACUAUCCGGAUCUCUGCAGCAGGUUUCCCAUCAAGGUGGACGUACCAGGAGUUCUUCAGCCGGUACCGGGUGCUCAUGAAGCAGAAGGACAUUCUUGCCGACAAGAAAGUGACCUGCAGGGGUGUCCUGGAGAAACUUGUGCAGGACCAGGAUAAAUACCAGUUUGGUAAGACCAAGAUCUUCUUCCGAGCCGGGCAGGUGGCCUACCUGGAGAAGCUGCGCGCAGACAAGCUGCGGGCCGCCUGCAUACGCAUCCAGAAGACCAUCCGUUGCUGGCUUGCCCGCAAGAAGUAUCUCCGCCAGCGCAGCGCCGCCAUCACCAUCCAGCGCUUCACCCGCGGCUACCAGGCGCGCUGUCUGGUCAAGUUCAUGCGUCGCACUCAGGCAGCCACCGUCAUCCAGAAGUACCAGCGGAUGUACGUGGCGAAGAAACGCUACCGCCAGAAGCAAGCCGCCGCCCUCGCCAUCCAGACGGUCCUCAGGGCGUACAUGGCUCGCCAGAAGUACCAGGCGCUGCUGCGCGAGCACAAAGUGGUGGUCCUCCAGAAGCACGCUCGGGGCUUGCUGGCCCGCCGCUGGUACAAGCGCUGCCUCCGCGCCAUCGUCUACCUGCAGUGCUGCACCCGCCGGAUGAAAGCCAGGCGCGAGCUGAAGAAGCUGAAGAUCGAAGCCCGGUCUGUGGAGCACUUCAAGAAGCUCAACAAGGGGAUGGAGAACAAGAUCAUGCAGCUGCAGAGGAAGAUCGACGAGCAGAACAAGGACAACCGGCUAAUGAACGAAAAGCUGAGCGGUUUGGAGACCACUUACGCCACGGAGAGCGAGCGCAUGCGUGGCGAGCUGAGCCGGCUGCGUGGGGCCGAGGAGGACGCCAAAGUCAAGGGCAACCAGGUGACUUCACUUCAGGAGGAGCUGGAGCGGCUGAAGAAGGAGCUGAGCGCCACGCAGCAGGAGAAGAAGACCAUCGAGGACUGGGCCAAGAACUACAGGGACGAAAUGGAGAAGAUGGUCUCCGAACUAAAGGACCAGAAUGGAUGUCUGAAGAAGGAGAAGGACGACUUGAACAGGUCGAUUCAGGAACAGAGUCAGCAGAUGACCGAGAAAAUGGCCCGUGUUGUAGCACAGGAGACUCAUCAGCUGGAGACGGAUCUGAACGAGGAACGCUCUCGAUAUCAGAAUCUCCUGACGGAACACCUCCGCCUCGAGGAGAAGUACGACGACCUGAAGGAGGAGAUGGUCUCAGUGAGACACUCCAAGCCGGGCCACAGGAGGACCGACUCCACCCACAGCAGCAACGAAUCCGAGUACACCUACAACUCCGAGUACGCCGAAUUGGAAGAAGGUUCCCGAGCAGCCGAAGACGUGACGCGAGGAAUGGACACAUCCCUCACACUCAAGCUCCAGAAGCGGCUCACAGAACUGGAGCAAGAAAAGCAGUCGCUGCGCAACGAGCUGGAAAACAAAGAGGAGCAGUUUCAGCGGGCUAGAGCCAGGGAUGAUGCUGAGUUCAAGAAGGCCCGUGGCGCUGAGCUGGAGUACGAGUCCCUCAAGCGUCAGGAGCUGGAGUCGGAGAACAAGAAGUUAAAGCACGACCUGUCCGAGAUGAGGCAAAGCCUUCUGGGGAACGCAGCGACUGGUGCUGGAGCUCCGGGCUCGCCGGCGUACAAGGUGCUCCUGGACCAGCUCAACUCCUCGUGUGAGGAGCUGGAGGUCCGUAAGGAGGAGGUGCUGAUCCUGCGCUCGCAGCUGGUGAGCCAGAAGGAGGCGAUGCACCACAAGGAGACCAUGACUGAAACGUCGGUGUACGUGGAUGAUGUUUCCAAACUGAAGGAUGCAGAUGAGAUCAAACAAGCCUACGUGGGGCUCAAGGACACCAACAGGUUCUUGUGUAGGCCGCUGGAAGUCAGCGAACUGCUGAGUAAGCUCAGAUCUGCGGCUCCAGAGCUCCAUAAGCUGAAUGAGGACGGGGAGCUGUGGCUGGUUAAUCAGGGCUUAAAAGAAACCAUCAGACUCCUGGAGCAGCAGCUGCAGACCCAGCGGCGUACUUACGACAGCGAGGUGGAGGCGCUGCGCGGCGAGCUGCAGAACGUCAAGGAGGAGAACAACCGGCAGCAGCAGCUGCUGGCGCAGAACCUGCAGCUCCCUCCGGAGGCCAGGAUCGAAGCCAGUCUGCAGCACGAAAUCACCCGACUCACCAACGAGAACCUGGAACUCAUGGCUGCAGACCCCACAGCAUCUCGAGAGGCCCGAGUCAUCAUAUUACGACGGAUGGUUGAUCUGAUGGAGCAGCUGGAGAAGCAGGACAGAACCAUCCGAAAGCUGAAGAAGCAGCUGAAGGUCUACUCCAAGAGGAUCGGCGAGAUGGGCGCGGGUCAGACGGAGGGUCAGACGUCCCCGGGACAGAUGGUGGACGAGCCCAUCCACCCGGUCAACAUUCCACGUCGGGAGAAAGACUUCCAGGGAAUGCUGGAGUACAAGAAGGAGGAUGAGCUCAAGCUGGUCAAGAACCUGAUCCUGGAGCUGAAGCCUCGAGGCGUGGCGGUGAAUCUGAUCCCAGGUCUGCCGGCGUACAUCCUGUUCAUGUGCCUGAGGCACGCCGACUAUCUGAACGAUGACCAGAAGGUGCGAACCCUGCUCACCUCCACCAUCAACAGUAUUAAGAAGAUCCUCAAGAAACGAGGCGACGAUUUCGAGAGCGUCUCCUUCUGGCUGGCCAACACCUGCCGCUUCCUGCACUGCCUGAAGCAGUACAGCGGGGACCCGGCCUUCAUGAAGCACAACACCUCCAGACAGAACGAGCACUGCCUGUCCAACUUUGACCUGGCCGAGUACAGACAGGUGAUCAGCGACUUGGCCAUCCAGAUCUAUCAGCAGCUCAUCAAGUGCAUGGAGUACAUCCUGCAGCCCAUGAUCGUGUCCGGCAUGCUGGAGCAUGAGACCAUCCAGGGGGUGUCGGGUGUGAAGCCCACCGGACUCCGGAAGCGCACGUCCAGCAUCGCAGACGAGGGCACCUACACUCUGGACUCCAUCUUGAGGCAGCUGAGCUCCUUCCACUCCAUCAUGUGUCAGCACGGCGCCGACCCGGAGCUCAUCAGGCAGGUGGUGAAGCAGCAGUUCUACAUCAUCGGCGCCGUCACCCUCAACAACCUGCUGCUGCGCAAGGACAUGUGCUCCUGGAGCAAGGGCGUGCAGAUCAGGUACAACGUGAGCCAGCUGGAGGAGUGGCUCCGCGACAAAGGCCUGAUGAUGUGCGGCGCCAAGGAGACGCUGGAGCCGCUGAUCCAGGCCGCGCAGCUGCUGCAGGUGAAGAAGAAGACGGACGAAGACGCUGAAGCCAUUUGCUCCAUGUGUCAGGCUCUCACCACGGCUCAGAUUGUAAAAAUCCUGAACCUCUACACCCCUGUCAACGAGUUUGAGGAGCGAGUGUCAGUCGCUUUCAUCAGGACCAUUCAGACCCGUUUGCGAGACCGCUGCGAGACGCCUCAGCUGCUGAUGGACACGAAGAUGAUCUAUCCAGUCACGUUCCCCUUCAACCAUUCCAGCCUGGCCCUGGAAACCAUCCAGAUCCCCGGCUCGCUCAACCUGGCCUUCCUCACCCGCGUCUGAACCGUAACACGCACACACACUCGCCGUGUCCCCGCAGUUCAGUGAGCAGAGCCAUAUA